AUGGUCAAGCCCCCGUUGAGUGAAUCUUGGAUCGCUGGAGAGAGUCUUCUCGACACAGGGUUUCAGAUUCUCAAAGCGGCAGCCUGUAUGGAGUCAUGGAAUGAGUACGAUAUCUCAGCUGAGUUCGCGGCGGAGUUAAUGUGUGAUUGGGCGCCUUCUUGGCUCUUAUCGAUGGAGAAAUCCGAAAAGCGAAAGAAAUACGAUUGGCCUCACGCUGAAAAAGAAGGCGUCAACACAUUCCGGCUGGACGAGCACGUCUGGAUUUGGCGUGCACUGAAGUCACUCGAACUGAAGAACCGCCAAGCAUGGGAUAAAAUGCUUGACAAGUCCCGAAAGAGCCAGCUUGCGGCGCAGGAAAAUGAGCAGGAGGUUUCUGACGGGCCAUCUUCCGGUUGGGAGGACGAAAUCUUGCGCCUACGCAAGACCUUCCGGGAAUCCAGGUUCAUACUGCAUGGUCGCGACACGGCGCUUGUCUACAGCGAACCGUUCGAUUUCCUGGUAAAAGGCAACUCAGUCCAGGAGCUAUGGAAGAUCACAAUUCAAUGCCAGAUGUACCACACUGAAUACCAGCACACAAACUGGCGGAAGACCUUGCGCUACGCACUAUACAUUAUGCUAGGCGCUCGUGACCUCGACAUGAACGGCACGCAACCAGCUGAGCUGGUCCGAACGGCAACAGACAUCCUGAUCCGCAGCUCCAGCCCCAACGGCUUUUUCCCUAGUCGAAUUGAAAUCUCGACGAACGAACCUGUGGAAGCGUCACGUAUUGCGGAGGAAGACCUGGGAUCCUACUACCAUGCCAGCUUCGAGAUCCCAUACAUUCUCCUUGCCCACAUGGAGCCAGUGAUCGCCGCCUACACACGUUCAAAACGAGAAGUGCUAAAGUUUAGGCGACACUCCGACUCAAUGCUUGGAGGCAAUUUCCCACGGACAGGAUCAGUACCGCAGAGUAUCGGUCAGUUGCAAGGUGAUGCAGAGAAGGUGCUCCUGCGCCUUCUCUUGAGCCGAUCCACAAUUUCUGACCUCGAUAACAAUGAGGUCUUCCGAGAUGUCAGACGGACCACCAAGAAAGCUGUGCCCUUCGAUCAACUCGUCGACUCCAGCAACAUUGUGAAGCUUGAUGAUGAGUGGCUGUAG